AUGUCCGGUCGUGGAAACGCGUCGAAGAGGAAGAAACGAAUGGGCUUAGCUGAACAGGCAGGUCUUCUGUUCCCAGUGGCCAGGGUCCGUCGUUACCUUAAGGAAGGACAUUACGCUGCUCGGAUAAGUGUUGGAGCUUCUGUUUAUUUCACGGGGAUUUUGGAAUACCUGACUGCAGAAAUACUGGAGCUAGCCAGCAACGUGGCUAGCGCAACUAAGAUGAUACGCAUCACGCCCCGUCACAUCUAUCUAGCAGUCCGCAACGACACGGAGCUCAAUGACUUACUCGAGGACGUUACCUUUCCUGAAGGAGGUGUCGUGCCCCACAUCCAUUCGAAACUCCUGCCCAAGACUAAGUAA